AUGAGUGUAGAUGAGCGGCGACUUCAUGGUUUUAGGCUUACCAAGAAAGAGGUUGAAGAGCGUCGAAGGGCAGAAAAACUUCGCAAGUGGAAUGAAAAACUUGAGCAGUCGGAUCUAGUGAAGCUAAAAAAGGAGCUAGAUUCAUUGCACCAAGCCAGGUUUUUGGCACCUCAACAAAACGAACGAAAAAGGUUGGUGGAACGGAUGAUACGAGACCUUGAACGGAGGGAAUUGAAAUGUUGCAGUGAAGACGGUGGUGCUGACGAGAAACAAGUGGACUUUCCGAAACGCGAGCGAAGCGUUUCGAGUUCUUCCUCUGAUGACUGUGAAGGCCUGCUCGUCAGCUCUCAUGUUGUGAGGAGUGAAGCGAAUAGUUUUCCUGCAAAUGCUCAUCAUUUUCUCCCACGAGCGUUGCGAAAAAGACGUUGCGAGGGAGCGGUAGAGGAAAAUAACAGAAAACACGACGCCAAGGUUGCUGAAGCCACUCUUCUUUCUAACAAUACAGUCGGAGGUGAGCUUGAAGAGUUCUUUGAUUCGCUAUAA